AUAGUGGGGCCAGAGACAAAUGGAAAGGGUGCUAAAAUAUGAAAGCAGGAUCACUGCUCACCUUAUAGGCAAUAGACACGCCAAACAACAGCCUUUAAAAAAAAAUCUUGAUCAGUGACAAUCAAUAAAGACACUUCUUGACCGUAACCGAAUGCUGCCUUUAACUGCGAAGGGUCGGACAUAGAUUUGGUAUUAACAAUAAAACGCAAGAGGGCACAAUUCGGUACAUAUAUAUCUAUAUCUCUAUAAGUAUUUAGUCCGGGAUAAAGGUAAUACUUCGAGUCCCAUUCAUCUCACAGAUUUGUAACUCUUUCACAAAAUAAAUAGGAAGCAUAGAAUUUGAUGAGGCGGGCGAGAGACACUUUAAAAGGAAGCCUCUUCUCUGUCAAUCUAUGAUAAUUAGAUAACCAUGAGAAAUAAGUUACAAACACUGACUUCUCUUCUCCCUCCAACACACGCACUUCCCAUCCUAAACCCAAGCUAAUUAAACAAAUGGGAUCUAUUUACCCCACCCUUCAAUAAAAAAAACCCCAAAUAAACUAAAAGUUUCUUUCUUAUGUUAAAAAAAAUAUCAUAGCAAUAUUACCCAAAGGGUCUGCAAUCAAUAACAGGCACCAGGGGUUAAACUUUUCAGAAUAAAGGGAUUUAACUUUUUUAUUCUGUGUGUAUGUAUAGCUAUAUAUACAGAUCUAUCGCUCUGUCUUCUCUGUGUGUGUUUGGUGUAUUUUUUAAUUAUUGUUUGAAAGACUCCAAACGUUUGGGGAUUUAUCUUUCGCAGAUAAUACGUAUUUGGUUAAGGGGGUGAGUUGUGUUGUUUAAAAGGGAGGAAAAAAGAGGGGCUGGGUGGUUUGUUCUGGGGGUCCCUAGUGCAAUGCAAACCCCUCAUGGGUGCUAUUUUGUAAUCUCAGACUCUUGCUAUUGGUCAGUCCAUGAUCAGAUGGUUCUAUUUCCUUGUGUCCCUCGCUGGCACCCAGCCAUCCCCCUUCAGCUAAAACCCAAUCUCCGAUAUACUACUAAUAGCUAAACCACUUGGACUAUAAAACACAACAAAUCAUAAAGCCAGGAAAGGACGGCUGCCUCCUCCCAAUGAGUUCUUAUUUUGUCAACUCUACCUUCCCGGUGAGCCUGGCUGCGGGGCAGGAGCCCUUCCUGGGACAAAUCCCGUUAUAUGCCUCAGGAUAUGCGGAUCCUUUAAGACACUACCCCGCUACCUAUGGAGCCACUAGCGUCCAAGAUAAGGGUUAUCCCUCCUCUUCUUAUUACCAGCAAGCGAACGGAGCUUACAGCCGGACCACAGCCUGUGACUAUGGGACAGCUGGUUUUUACAGAGAGAAGGACCCUGUCUGUGCCACCUCAAACCUAGAUGACCACGCACCGUUUGCCCCAGAUCAGCGGAAGUCAGACUGCGCACAGACCAAAACAGUUUUCGGGGAAAGCGAUGACCAGAAGUGCUCUACUCCCGUCUACCCCUGGAUGCAGCGGAUGAACUCUUGCAACAGUUCAUCUUUCGGGCCAAGUGGCAGGAGAGGCCGGCAAACCUACACCCGCUACCAAACCCUGGAACUGGAGAAGGAGUUCCACUUUAACCGCUACUUGACCAGGCGUCGCCGGAUCGAAAUCGCACACGCACUUUGCCUGACAGAGCGCCAGAUCAAAAUCUGGUUCCAGAACCGGAGGAUGAAAUGGAAAAAGGAAAACAAACUGCUCAACUCCACGCAGCUGAGCGCGGAGGAGGAGGAGGAGAAAGCAGCGGAGUGAAAGUCUUAUUUAAGAGAAAGAGAGAAAUAUCCCAACCGUUGGAGGAGGUAGAGGGUGGGGGGGAAAGGGUUGGAGUGGAAGAGAAAAAUGCACCCCCAGGGGUGCACGCUUUGUAAAAUAACCGAGACGGUUUGAAGGUGGCGAGCCACCAACAUACAUUUGCACCGUUGGACUCGUGUUCAGUUAAUCUGUCGUGUCAAAACAAAAAUCAGGCUUCUAGUUGAGGUUUUUUCCCCCUCCCCUUUCUAGUCCUCCAAAUAGAAUAUAAAAUAAUAAUAAUAAUUUGGAACUCUUACCUGUGUUUCUGCCCUUGAUGUCACUGUUAGUAACCCGCUAACUCUUGUAUUUAAUGGAGGUGCUGCAAUAUAUGUCAUUUUUGGUGUUUAUUGUCUUAAUUUUGUAAACUGUUUCAUGCACGAUUGACUUAUAGAUCCCCCACCCUCCCCGGUUGUUUUUUUCUUUUGGUAAAUUAAUCAAACCCUGGGGUCUUUGUAAUUAGUUUCUUUUGUUUUUUUUUUUUAAGAGAAAACCUACUGAAGGAACAAGUACUACCUGAAAGGAUGCAAAAGCAACAACAACAAAAAAAAUUAUAUUUUAUUAAUUUUUUGUACGUGUUGUGUUUGUAGUUUGUCUUAGGUAUGGCCAUGGAAUACCCUAAUAAAAGCAAAGUAUUCGGACUCAUCCACACCCCUUUGGUAUUAUUAUCAUUAUUGUUAUUCCUGUCUAUGAAAAUAUGCCAUUCAUGUGGAGCUGAGAGGUUGUUAGCAAAGCGGGCGCUGCUGCUGUCUGCGUGUCACACUGUCUCCUAAUCAGCAAGGACAAGCAACACGCAGCACACGGAAGUUACAGUUGAGAGAUAAAUCUGCUUUUCCCCCUUCUUUUUGCCUAAUCUUAAAUGCAGGACCUUUCACCAGCGAUAUCUCCGAGCUGACACUCCGCUUUAAGAUCGCUCUUUUUUAUUGUUACAGCCCAAAGAGUUAUGAGGAAAAGCUCUCCAUAUACAUAAUAUAUCAAAGAAAGAGGCCAAAAUAUGCUCUCAUCUAUCUACCAAAGAUACAUAACGUUUGUCUAGCAUCUUUCAAACAUCUGGUCCCUUAGUUGACUUUCCAAAAUCAGGGAGAUGUGCACUGUAGACAUUGCUAGGUUUCAGACUUGCUGGGGUUUUUUGUUUUUUGUUUUAUUUUUUAGUUGAAACUUUAUUAACUCCAGGACGAUGGGAAUUAUUUAAGCACGAAAAAAAAACCCAGUAAGCUAAAUACAGUUAGAUUGUUUCAUGUAUAUGUACACACACACCCCCACACACCUUUCAAAUGGCUCUUUUUACAGUGUCAUUUGACUCGGAGCUGGGCGUUCUGCGCUAAAGAACUAAGAGGUGUCUUGUAGUUGCGAUGAAGUAAACUUUUCUUUGAUUUUUUUUAUUAAAAAAUGAACGAAAAGAAUUGCUUUUCUUCUUGGGAUCAGCAGAUUUAAAACCAAAAAAAAUUGCUCAGCUCAAUGCUAAUAAAAUUUCUGAAGCUUCACGACAGAAAAAAAUGCCUUUAAAAAGAACUACUCCUCCCCCCCACCCCAAAAUACCUAUGUACGAGUGCAUUCCCUCAUGUCACAAGCUGUUUUAAUGCCAGUCACUUUUAAAAUCAAUUCAUGCAGAAGCUCCACAGCUGUAGGACAUUUACUAUUAUUGCCACUCUUUUCAUUGCCCGUAAUUAUUAUAAUUAUAUGUCACUUUCAAUAUGGCGCAUAAUUUCCAAUGAGUUGCAGACAAGCAUUUGAAAUUCCUAAACUGCCUUGGAAAAAAAAUAGCAGCCUUGAACAAAGCAAAACCCUGGUCAAAUUUCAGGUUUUCAUGGCUACCUAAUAUUUCUUGCAGGUUUGCAAUGGGGUAGGGGGGGAUAUAACAAUGCUCUAUUUAAAGGGAGUGUGUGUGAGGUGGGGGAUAUUCAUGAUCAAGAAUAUCUUAAAAGCAACAUUGUCAACCAGUUUCAACGGCUGAUCUCCCUUCCCGUCUCUUUUUUCCCCCCUCCAGAAU